AUGGACCGUCCGGGGUCCAGAGGCGGAUACGGGUCCGCAGUGCUGCGUCCGGGGUCCCGUGGUGGCGCUGGCAUGCCUGGUGGCUUCGCGCUCGUGCCACCCGGCUCGGCGAUGCCCGCGCAGGGCGGCAUCGGGGCGCGGCCAGGGUCCAGCGCGAUGCGGCCAGGCACGGGCAAGAUGCGCCCCCCGUCCGGGCAGAGCGGCGCCGUGGCCGCGCCCCGCAACGUCGUGGACCGCCCGGUGACCCAGCAGGGCGUCGCUGGCAUGAGACUCGCCACCUCCUCCGGAGGCCGCCAGGUUUUGGACCGCAACUACUUCCUGUCUGAGCUGCGGGCGCGGCUGAAGGAGAUCGCGGAGGCGAACCAGGACAUGAUGAAGAAGUCCGAGGACCUCCAGGCGAGCGCGCCGCAGUUCUCGCGCCUCCAGAAGCGGCACGCGGAGCUGGAGCGCCAGGUGGGCAAGCUGCGGGGGGCGCUGGCCGACAUGAACCGCGUCGUCGAGGACCAGGGCGCCAUGAGCGCGGAGGACAUCCUCCAGGAGCUCCCCACGCUGCAGCAGCGCAACAAGAUGGACGAGCGGCGCCUGCAGGAGACGAUCAUGGCGCGCAACGCGCUGGAGAGCCAGGUCCACGAGGGCGAGGCGAACCUGCAGGCGCAGCAGCGCGCGAUGCAGUCCCGCAUCAUGGAGCUCCCGCAGUCGGCCCGGCAGCAGUACGUCGACCUCGAGGGCGAGGAGAAGCUCCUGGGGGCGGAGCUGCAGCGCCUGCAGGCGCGCUUGGCCGCGGUGGACGAGAGCACGGCCGCGGCGCGGCAGGACCUGCAGGGGAACCCGCUGAAGGAGAAGAGCCUGGCGCUGCAGGAGGAGCUGCGGGACCUGACGGACAAGUGCUUUGACGCCGAGAGCGAGAUCGCGCGGCUGAAGGCGCCCGUGGACGAGCAGAAGGGGGCGCUCAUGGGGAAGAUCCGCGACACGAACAAGGACACCGCGCGCACGGAGCAGCAGAUCAAGGAGGCGCUGUCGCACAUCAGGACGCUCGAGGAGCAGAUCGGGAAGGUCGGCGGCGGCAAGGCGGCUGCGGCGAUCCCGGCGCCCGUCCCGUCGGCGCACAUGGACCCCGAGGAGCUGCAUGCGCGCCUGGAGGAGCUGACUCAGCAGGAGUACGAGAUCGGCGCGUUCUUCGAGACGCUGCCCACGGAGCGCGAGCGUGCUCUCCGCGAGAUGCACACGCGCCAGGAAACCAUCAUGGGGUCGCUCGAGGCGAUGUCGCGCAUGCAGCAGACGCUCCAGGGCGGCUCGCUGCCGUCCGCGAAGGAGUUCCAGGAGCUCCAGGACGAGCUCGAGCAGCGCCGGGCGCAGAUGGAGACGGCCCAGGAAGCGCGGGGGCGUCUCCGGGGGGUGUUGGCCGCGCAGGAGGCGGACCUGUCGCGCAUGACGAACAUGGAGGAGAAGCUCAACGGCGAGAUCGCCAAGUGUCGCGAGAGCAUCGAGGAGCUGCAGCGGAAGCUGCGCGCGCUGCCGUCGGUGGACCAGGCGCGCGCGGUGUCCCGCGAGAAGGGCGCGCUGCUCGAGCAGCAGCGCGCGGCGUUCGGCGACGCGGAGGCGCUGACGGCGCAGGGCGCGGGGGAGCGGUGGGCCAAGCACGAGGCGCGCUUGGAGCAGCUCGAGAAGAGCCCCGGGCACCAAGACCUGAGGAAGCUGGAGGAGAAGCUGCGCGCGGUGGAGCGGCGGAACGAGGAGACGCGGCUGAAGGUGCGGAAGCAGCGCGCGGACUUCGAGUUCAGCAAGGACGUGCAGGCCAUCAGCAGCAAGGUGGCGAACCUGAACGAGGCGGUCAAGGUGUACGCGAAAGAGCACCAGCACGCCGCAGCGGCGUACUGA